AUGAUUUUUGACAAUAACUGUGUCAAAUGUAAAUGCAUUCCAGACAUCUUUUAUAAUGUAUUUUUAUUUCAGUGUUUUGUGAGGAAUGAGCAAGAAAGUGCACAAGCCACUGGAGAGCUGAAGCUUGGUGGACGAUUUGACCCACCAGAAUUCAUUAAAACCUUCCAAACCCAAGUUUUAAAAGGAGGUCCAAGUGUACAGAUGCCAUGCAUAGCCAAGGGUGAUCCAAUGCCAGAAGUGAAGUGGUUUCUUUAUGAUACAGAAAUUGAAAGUGAUAUAAGUGCUGGUGUUACCAUUGGAUCAUUUGAGGGUGAUAAUGGUGAAGUUGCAUCAUAUCUCAAUAUAACCCAGGCACGUACAAAGCAUGGAGGUUUAUAUAAGUGUGUUGCUUCCAGCAAGGUUGGAUCAGUUUCUCAUGAAGGUCGGCUUGAUGUUCAUGGGGCACCAUAUGUUCGUCCAAUGGAAGAUAUGAAGGUGGUGGCUGGGAAGACCAUGACAGUGACUUGUCCUGUGGCAGGUUAUCCAAUCUCAAACAUUGUCUGGGAAAGAGAGGGCCGUCAGCUCCCAAUUAACGAUCGUCAAAGAGUAUUCACAAAUGGAACCUUGAUAAUAGAAGAUGUUCAAAGGUCAGAAGAUGCUGCUGCAUACACUUGUGUAGCUAAAAAUGAAGGUGGCUACUCUGCCAGGUCUGAUCUUGAGGUCUCAGUUAUGGAGCCUCCAGAAAUUGUACCCUUUGAUUUUGGUUCUGAAGUUGUUAAUCAAAAGGAGUUUGCCCAACUCAGCUGUGUUGUCAGAAAAGGGGAUGAACCCAUUUCUAUCACAUGGAGUUUAAAGGGGGAUGUUAUUAGCUCUGACCCGACCAUGUCAACCAAUACUCUUGGAACUAGAAUGAGUUUACUAAUGAUCACCUCAGUAGAGCAUAGGCAUAGUGGAACUUACACUUGUAGAGCAGAGAAUCCUGCUGGAGUUUCAACUUAUUCAGCUACUCUUAGAGUUAAUGGUAAAUAAGAAAUAGGCACUGGAUUAUCUUUUGGUAU